AUGGCCUCCCCAGGUGCCCCAGGGACCCGCAUGACGUCCACAGUCAGUAUCAACAUUUCUACCCCUUCCUUCUACAACCCACAGAAGAAGUUUGCACCUGUGGUUGCCCCUAAACCCAAGGUGAACCCCUUCAAGGCUGGGGGUGCAUCAGAGUCGUCGCUGCCCCCACCUCCUGGAGCUGGCACCCAGCGUGCUCAGAUAGGGAAGGUGGGGGAGAUUCCAUCAGCAUCCAUGUCCCUGCUGGCAGAAGAGCUGCCGCUGCCACCUCCUCCCCCACCUGGAGAGGAGGCAAGUUUCUCCUCAAACUGUGCUUUCCCCCCUCCGCCACCACCCUUUGAAGAGCCUUUUCCACCAGCCCCAGAAGAAGUUUUUCCUUCUCCUCCUCCUCCACCGAUGUUUGAUGAAGGGCCUGUGAGCAAGGUACCUGCUCCACAGGUACGUGGCAAGAUGAGCAGCAUUGAUCUUGAGAUUGACUCACUGUCCGUAAUGUUGGAUGACAUGGAGAAGAAUGACCCCUUCAAAUCCUGGAUAUCUCCAGGAUCCACAGGUUCUCUCGAGAAGUCAUUGGCCCCAAAAGCCCAUGUGGAAAUACCACCUGCACCCAGAGAUACUCCUCAUUCCUUCCCUUCCAAGUUCACUCCAAAGCCAAGUGGAAGCUUAUCUUUCAAGACCCCUGGAGUGGAUUUGACCCCUGCCCCAACUCCAUGGGCAGCCCCACAGCAAUGCAAGGAGCCCCUAGCACCAGUCCCUCCACCCCCCUUUCUCCCUCCUGCUCAGACUACCCUUAAAUUCACCCCACCCGCUGUUGCUGGCUCUCCUAAAUCUGGGUCCAAAUCAGGUGCCAAUGUUCCCAUGGCUCCCUCAAACUCUACAAGAUAUCCUACUUCCCUUCAGACUCAGUUCACAGCCCCUUCACCUUCAGGUCCCUCCUCUCGGCCACAGCCUCCCAAUUUCACCUAUGCACAGCAGAGGGAAAGACCCCAAGUGCAGGAGAAGCCACGUCCCGCAGAACAGCCUGCUGCUGCAGAAGACACGCAUAGAACCACAGGCUCCAGUGCAGAUCCACCUAGGGGAAAUUCCUGUCUGACCAUGAAGGAGGUAGAAGAGCUGGAGAUGUUGACCCAGAAAUUAAUGAAGGAUAUGGAGCAUCCGCCGGCAGCAGAAGCUGCUACUUCUGAGCUCUGUGGCUUCUGCCGGAAGCCCCUAUCACGAACCCAGCCAGCUGUGAGAGCCCUGGACUGCCUUUUCCACGUGGAAUGCUUCACCUGCUUCAAAUGUGAGAAGCAGCUGCAGGGGCAGCAGUUCUACAACGUGGAUGAGAAGCCCUUCUGUGAGGACUGCUAUGCUGGGACCUUGGAAAAGUGUAGUGUCUGCAAACAGACCAUCACAGACCGGAUGCUGAAGGCCACUGGUAACUCAUACCAUCCCCAGUGCUUCACCUGCGUGAUGUGCCAUACCCCUCUUGAGGGGGCUUCUUUUAUUGUGGACCAGGCCAACCAGCCUCACUGUGUGGAUGACUACCACAGGAAGUAUGCUCCACGCUGCUCAGUCUGUAGUGAGCCUAUCAUGCCAGAGCCUGGAAAGGAUGAGACAGUGCGUGUGGUGGCAUUGGAGAAGAAUUUCCACAUGAAAUGUUACAAGUGUGAGGACUGUGGGAAGCCCUUGUCCAUUGAAGCAGAUGAGAAUGGGUGCUUUCCACUGGAUGGGCAUGUGCUGUGUAUGAAGUGUCACACUGUUCGUGCCAAAACAGCAUGCUGAGGAGCUUAGAGUGGGCAUACCCU